UUACCUAGUGAGCUGUCUGUGCCAGGGCCCUGCUCCGAUUGGUGCGUGGAUACACCGCCCCGUCGUGACUGGUUCCAGCUGGAGGACCCGCCCAUUAAAAGGAGGCUGGAGUGCCACGGCGGGAGUGGUCUUCGCGUUUCUCCUGACGACCCAGCAGUGUACCUGUGGCAGCUGCUGGCUGCAGUGCUGUUUGAAAGUUGUGGAAGUGGAGUGGGUAGGGGUCUCAAAACAAUGACUGCGAUGACCCCAGAAAAUUUCAGUCAAAGGAAUACAAGUGCUACACCUGAUGGAAAUGAUUCUUUGGUUAACUUGCCUCAGUAUCUCAUCACCAUGUCUAUCACUGUUUACUCCCUGGUCUCUGUCCUCGGUGUGCUCGGGAAUGGAGUGGUUAUCUGGGUGACCGGGUUCAGGAUGAAGAAAUCUGCUAACACAGUUUGGUACCUCCACCUUGCUGUGGCCGACUUCAUCUUUGCAGCAUUUCUGUCCCUGAGUGUGACAUCUUUGGCUUUAGACUUCCACUGGCCUUUUGGCAAGUUCAUGUGCAAGCUGGACACCACCAUCAUCUCUCUGAACUUGUUUGUUAGUGUCUACAUUCUGGUGGUGAUCAGUGUGGACAGAUGUGUGUCAGUGGUGUGGCCUGUCUGGGCUCAGAACCACCGAAAUGUACGCAACGCAUUCUAUGUUAGUCUGUGUGUUUGGGUGGUGGCUUUGAUUGUAUGCAUUCCACCUUUUUUUUCCAUGGACACAAAGAAAGGAUCUAAAAACAAAACUUACUGCAUAGUUUUUUUUCAAAAAGCAACACCAUCAGUCAUUCACACCAUUUCUAUGAUCCACUUCCUUCUUGGAUUUGCAGUCCCCUUCACUGUCAUUGUCUCUUGUUAUGCUGUCAUCAUCCAUCGUCUCAGGAGAAACCGCACACUGGCCAGCCAAUCAAGUCGCCCCUUUAAAGUUAUUGCUUCUGUUAUUGUCACUUUUUUUCUGUGCUGGGCUCCCUAUCACAUCAUUCAGCUGGUGGUAUUUAUGGUACCAAAUGCACUAUUUAACUAUGCCAUUCUAAAUGGGAUCUUUGUUGCCACAAAUUUGGUCACUCUUCAGAGCUGCUUGAAUCCACUGCUGUAUGUCUUCUUGAGACAAGAUUUUAAGGAUGAAAUCCGAAAAUCCAUCCUGAAUGUGCUGGAGAGUGCCUUCCAGGAAGAGGAGACACGCUCUCCCAGUGACAUGAAGUCAGUGAACACCAGGCAGAGCAGAGAGAAGUCAGGUUUGAUUACUGAGGUAUAAGGCUGUAUAUGAGGUAAAUAAACAUGUUAAAAUCUUUAGUAGAAAAUUUCUUUAACACUUUUUACUAGCUGUAAAUAUUACUCCAGAGUAAAUCUUUAUAAACCUUUAAUAAAUGAAACUUUGUUUAAUUUUGUUCAAAUAAACCCUGCUCAUAAAAUUAUGAAAGCAGCUAAUGGUACAAAUGGUACUGUGAUGUAUUAUUUCUGUGCUGUGUUGUUUUUCUUGCCUCUUCAGCUCACAGCUCUGCAUCAACUUU